GGGAAGAGGAAAUAUACACUGACAUCUGAGCAGGCUCUGCUGGAGGGAAACACUGCUUCUCAAGGCACCUAUGAAUUAAGAGGACACCAGAGACACCUGGAUGCCACUCAAGAAAUACUGAGGAGGAGCAGCCAGCCCAUUCAGCAUGACGGACACCCUGGCAGCAACGACAGCAGAGUACACCUACGACGAGCAGGCUCUGUCCUGCAACAAGACUGACAUCCAAGACUUUGGCAAGCUCUUCCUGCCCAUCUUCUACAUUGCAGUCUUUGCUCUGGGCCUCGCAGGCAACCUCCUGGUCGUUCUGGCCAUCGUGAAGGAAGGCAGCAAAAGAAGCAUCACCGACAUCUAUCUCCUGAACUUAGCCAUCUCAGACCUCCUCUUUGUCAUCUCCCUGCCCUUCUGGGCUUCCAACACGGUGCGUGGGUGGACCCUUGGGACUGCUGCCUGCACAGCUGUUUCCUCUCUGUACUACAUUGGCUUCUUCGGGGGGAUGUUCUUUAUCACUGCUAUCAGCGUUGACAGGUACUUGGCCAUUGUCCGGGCCACCUAUUCCCUCAAGUCCAGAACAGUGAGACAUGGCUCCCUCGUAACCUGUGGAGUAUGGGCAGCAGCAGUUUUACUUUCUGUGCCACAUUUUGUGUUCUCCCAGCUGGUAGACAAUGACUGCGUUGCUGUCCUGCCCCCGCAGCUGGAGAACAUCUGGCUGGUGCUGUGCAACGUGGAGCUGAACACCGUCGGCUUUUUCAUCCCGGUCUGCAUCAUAAGCUACUGCUACUGUGGGAUCAUCAGGACCCUGCUGUGCUGCAAGAACCAGAAAAAGGCACGAGCCAUAAGGCUGGUCCUGGUGGUGGUCAUCGUGUUCUUCCUCUUCUGGUCCCCUUACAAUGUCCUGAUCUUUCUAGAGACCUUAAACCACUACGAGGUGUUCACAAGCUGCAGCCAAAUCCGCGCGCUGGCCUACGCCAUGCACCUGACCGAGACCAUCGCGUUCAGCCACUGCUGCCUCAACCCUCUGAUCUAUGCCUUUGCUGGGGAAAAAUUCAGGAAGUACCUUCAUGCUAUCUGCCUGAAGUACUGCCCCUGCCUGUGCUUCUGCGGGCCCUGCAGCCGCUACCAGGUCACCUCUCUGUCCAGCUACACAGACAGCGUCGUGCACAGCAACGUCACCCUCAACACCAGCGACCAGGACGGCUCUGUCUUCCUCUGACAGGCUCUGUCAAGCAGAAAUGGAUGAGAAGAUGUCUUCUGCAGGUCUAGCCACCCCUGAGAGAUUGGCAUUACCCACGCAAGAGACUUCACAGCUGCCCUCUCUCGCUGGCAUGCCUCUUGUUAAGCAUUACCUACUCAAAACUGCUGAAGACUUCAGAACCAAAAGCAGUAGGGUAAGUGGAGGCUGAACGUGGAAUUGAAGCAGCAGAGAGGGAGAGGCCAAAGCAGCCCCCUGUGCCUAGAACAGGAGAAAAAGAGUCUAAGGCCAGGGAAGCUGUUCAAGGGUUUCAUCACUGACACCUAUGUUGGUGUGUGUGCCUGUGGGGCACAAAUGUAGAGACCUAAAGUCAUGCUGCAGUGAGUGGCAGGUGGCUGCCAGCAAAGGAGAACCUUUUUGAUGGCAAGGGGGUUUGGCUUUGCUGUUCUGUAUCCAUAUGGAGGUGACUGGGGGGGCUUGGUCUGCAUUAACUGUUUUACCUCUGCUUCUACACCUAAUAAAAUCCUACUGUUAAAAAAAA